AUGAGCCGCCAAAUCUUCCUCACAACAGUCCCCCUCCGCGCAACGGACAAUCGCGAAACCCACCCAGCACAGAGGAUCUCGAAGUCCCAGAGGGCCCACUACCAAGUCAUCCCCGACCAGCGCAUCCCGAUCUGGCGGCAUGCCUUCCAUCGUUGUAAAAAGGAGCCUGGCUCGCCCGAUAUUCCCGCCCCACGCCAUCGCCCGAGAAAACUCGAUCUGUCCAAGGGCGGUCAGUCAAACCACGGAGGCCCCCGGCCCCUUACCGCGAGAGAUAACCUCGGGAUACAAGAGGUUGGCAUCGCGUGCUUGUCGCCUGGCUUCGUCACCCAAGACCCCGUUAUGAAGGAACAGCUUCAGCGUAGCAUGUCGGUGCGCGAGCAACAGCGCCACAUCAUUGAAGCGAGACUACAACAGCAGUCGGCCAAGGGCGACGGCCCAAUUGACAAGGACAACUUUGCCGCCAAAACUCCUGGCAUGUCGAGGAGGAACAAGGCGCCCCCAGGCCUCUCCAUCGUCGCGCCGUCUCACGAGCAUUUUGCCAAUGAGCGCGUAAUACAAUCCGCUCCCCUCAACCAAACCUUCACUGGCAUGCACAACCCUCACCCGUUGACGAGGCACAUUACCAACCAGCCGUCCAAGCUCUCCAACACCUCCCACAUCCACCACGUCCCCGCUAAUCAGACAAAUAAUCGCCUGCCACCCAUUCACGAUGUGUUCGGCCAGGGUCUCCCCCACCUCCCGAGUCCGCGACUCACAACCUCUACCCCGCCCAGCACAGCGCGAGAGCCCCUCUGCCUUCUCCCGGGCACGCGCCUCCCCGCCGCCCCAUGCGCCGUCCUCUGCCCAGCACCCACCGACGCCAGCCGCAGUUCAAAACGACGAACCCGAGCCGAGUACGAGGAAGGUCACAGCCCUCCUCUCGGGAACGGUCCUUCCACCCGCCGCCCCGGGCCCUUUGGCUACGGCCGCGACAGCCCCGAAACUCAACGGGCCAAGCGAGAAGAGUUCUUGCGGUUAUGCGAAAGGGCUUGGGACUUGUUCCACUCUUAG